ACAUGAUCUAAAAACCAUUUCAAAUCGAUACACUUUUCAAUAGAAUAAAUUACAUUUCAAAGCUUAUUAUAUUAUUUUCCUUGCGUAUUUUUGAAACACAUUAGGAUAACGAACGAGUGUUUUGUUUUCAUUCCUUAGUAGGGGUCCAAAUUCGAUUUAUCUCGUAUUAAAUUGAAAACAAGACAAGAAAUUGCAAGAUAAACCUUCAACAAUUACGAAGAUAAAGCAUACGCUCACGCAGGCAUACACGGACGACAAGACGCACGCACUCACGCAUUUGCGAUGUGAGUGAUAACAGUACAACUGAUAACUUCCACUCCUCGAUUUGAUAAACGUUAUCAGUCGUAAUAAGUCAGCCGUUUGUGCGACUUCAGUUUGUUAUAUCACAAAAUGGCUUCUUACCUUGGCCGAAGAUUCAACUUUUUCAGGAUUAUUAACAACAUCAACAAAAGACCAUUUUCCACAUCUGGGGAACUUAAGGAAAAUCGAGAAGGAUGGUUCAGCAAGCUCCUAGUUCGAAGGAUUGAACCCACAAAGGAGCCCCAUUCCCGGAUGCUCUCAGACAAAGAUGUAAUUUAUGAACUACAAACACAUAAUAUGAAGCCUGAUUCAAGGGAAAAAUAUUUAUCAAAUUAUGAGAAAACUGUGCAGCUUAUUGAGAGUCGUAAAGAACUUCAUAGCGAACUGGUUGGCUCAUGGACGGUACAGGUUGGGGAUAUGGACCAGGUUCUUCAUUUAUGGAAGCACACCGGUGGAUUUGCUGGUAUCGAUAAUGCUAAGAAACUUCUUGCUAAUGAAAAGGACUUCCUUAAACUUCAAGAAGAAAGAGGAGGAUACUUGCGCUCUAGACACUUACAGUAUCUUUUGUCAUUCAGCUACUGGCCUCCAAUUGAAAUGAGAAAAGGAAAUAACAUCUACGAGAUAAGAAGUUACAGUUUGAAACCUGGUACUAUGAUAGAAUGGGGAAACAACUGGGCCAGGGCUAUAAACUAUAGGCGUAACAACAAAGAAGCGUUUGCAGGCUUCUUUUCUCAAGUUGGAAGACUUUAUAACGUGCACCAUAUUUGGUGCUAUAAAGAUCUUCAUACCAGAAAGGAGACACGAGAAAGCGCAUGGAGGCUUCCAGGCUGGGACGAGUGUGUGGCAUAUACAGUCCCAUUGAUUAGAGAAAUGCAUUCCAGAAUUCUUCAUCCAACAUCUUUUUCUCGUACUCAAUAAGACUCUAAAAUGCAUAUUAUAAAAAAUUUGAGUUCAUUUGUGAUGAAAUAAUUUUUAUAUUUUUAAUAAUUCAUUUUUAUAUCAAAA